AUGGGUUAUGUCCCUCAAGGGGGUGGUGAGCAUUCAUCCCAGGUAGAGGCUGUUCAGGCCAUAUCUAGGUUAACGGGGGAGGAGGUAGGUUCUUUCCGCAACCUAUUACACUGGAGUGUGUUGGGCCGACUGUGGGCACUUCUCACAACCAGUGAACAUGAUUUCUUCGUAGAUACUUACCCUCUAACCUCUGAUGAACAAAAGUCUAGGUGGCCUGAGGCUACUGAUAGCCAUUGCCAUUUGGAUAGGUUGUGUGCACAAGUGGGGAUGACUCUGGAUGAAAACAUCUGGAGCCAUCUUAGGGACCGCUCUCCUAUGAUAGAAGUUGAGGUCAAUCUGGGAGCACUGGUCACUAAUUUCUGUGAUCCCCAUACCUAUCCCAAUGAUGCUCUAUUGCAAACUUUGUCUAAACUCAGGUGUUUUCCCACCAUUGGACUACACCCCAAGGGGGCUGAAAAGUACAGAGACUCUGAAAUAAAAGAGUUUAUUAGGCUAUUGGGUACACCGGAAGUAGGGGGAUUUGGGGAGGUAGGACUCGACCACUCUGUACAUUAUUCAGAGUGGUUGGGGCAAGCAGUCCUCUUACAACGGGUUUUAGGUUACCUAGAAGAACGUCAUGUUCUAGUGCUCCACUGUAGAGGGUCAACCCAAGAUAUGGAUGGCAGGGAGGUAAACAAGCGCCUCCUAUCCAUAUUGCAUGGGGUGGUAAAUCGGGAUCGGCGGAUUUAUCUUCACUGUUUCCGGGGGGAUAUGGAGGUUUUUCGGGCGUUUACGGAUGCAUUUCCGAAUACCUACGUGGGAUACACCCACAAAACGGGGGAUUUGACACCGGGGUCAUUACUUGCUCUCCGUACUAUUCCCACAGAGCGCUUGCUAAUAGAAACGGAUGCCCCAUAUUUUACUGGACCCAACAUUGGUCCCAUUUCAUCCCCAACUGUGGUGGGACUAGCAGCCAGGAAUGUGGGUAUGGUUAGAGGGGAAAGUGUAAAUGAUGUAUUGACUGCCACAGUGGCGAAUUUCCAGAGGCUGUACCGCCUUAAUUGGGUGGGUGCAGUGUCUUAG